AUGAAUACAAUCGCCUUCUUCGGAGCUACUGGUGGUUGCACCAAUGCCUGUCUAGCCUACACCCUCCUGAACGGCUACAAUGCCAGAGCCCUGGCCCGUACACCCUCAAAGCUCACAGCACUCUUGCUCACCCAGCCUGGAAUCACCCAAAAAAUAAUCUCGAACCAGCUUGAGGUCAUCGAAGGCGACGCAACAGACGUCGAAAGCGUCAAGAAAACCCUCAUCAUCAGCACCGACUCAAACAACACCUGCACCCCAGUCUCAAGCAUCAUAUCCGGCGUCGGCGGGACGGGUAUAAUGUCCUUCACACGAGAGACAAGCUGCCAAAAUUCCAAAUUCCGCGUGCCUGCACUGCCUCAUAUCGAGUUGGACAACCCACAUAUAACAGAGCAGACAACGCGCGCGCUGCUAGCAGCACUGGAACAGAUUGCGGCACGAUUUUCUUCAUUCGAAGAAUAUCGUGCUGUUGCGCCGAGGGUCACUGUCAUCUCGACGACGGGAAAUCUGCCUGGUAGUAAAGAUGUCGGGUUUUGGUUCCGGCCUAUGUACAAUGUUCUUCUACCGAUCCCACACGCGGACAAAUUGCAGAUGGAGAAGUUGCUUGAUAAGGAGGCUGAACUGGGGGGUGAUGGGGUUCUUGCUGGCGGACUUGUUGUUGUGAGACCUAGCUUUUUAAUGGGGGAUCAUUUGAUUCCUGCGCGGGAAGGGGAGAAGGAGGGUCAAAGGGUGGGACUCAAGGGUGUAAGGGUCGGGACGGAGAGGGAUCCCGCUGUUGGAUAUACGAUCCCUAGGGCUUUGGUUGGCAAGUGGAUCUUUGAGGAGGUUAUUAGACACGGUGGAGCGCAAUGGGUGGGGGAAAAGGUUACGAUCACAGCUUGA